GUCGCUCUGAACAAACGUGAGAGAUCACGUGAGAGGCUCUUCAUUCAAGCCGUGAGGGGCUGGAAAGUAAACAGUCUUCCAGGCCAGCGUCGUCGACACGCGGAUGAGCAGACGGGCAGGCCGCUGCCAACUCUUUGGCAAUGGUGUCCCCGUCAUCGUCCUGUCCUUGAUUAGCCCUGAUGCGAACCUGCAACGUGCCAUCCGGCCAUUACUACAGCUCUCCGACCUUGGAGAUGUUUUCUUUGGUUUCUACCAGGUCUGCACCGACUUCGCCGCCACGUACUCUGCGCACGACGUCUGCAUCCAACUACCCGCGGUGACACAGGACAUUCUUUCGUUAGACAACGUACCGCACAAUCUCAACCCACGCUCCCGCAGCGAUCUCCGAUAUCUGGCCAGGCAUUGGAAUGUUAAGCCUGGUGCCCUGCUUGCCGAGUUCCCCGCCGACUUUUUCUCUUUUUGGUCUAGGCUGCGCAAGCUUGUCACGGUCCACAGAAGACUCGACUGGCCGUCUGCGCGCUCCCGCCUGUUGGAACAGCAAGCUAAGCGCUUGUCUAGGUCCAAGGACCACAGGAACGGAGUCACCCUGUGGCUCGCUUGCGACGCAGACGCCGUGCUUGACGAUAUCUCCAAGAAUGGUUACCACAGGCCCUACGUGUCGCCUGCUGCAUCGAUCGAGAUACACCACCAUCAAAUAAUGUCGUUGCGAAACCGAGCGCUCCGGGUCCUGUCCCACGAAUACGCCCUCCGUGUCGCCCGCGAGGCAGCUGGUGGUGAGGAUGUGGACAUGGGCGCGGCGGAGCAUAGGGCCUGGGCCACCACCACCGGGCUCCCGGCCGAGGACGCCGCUGCCGCCGCCGCCGAGGCCGUGGUUCGAUUAGAUGGGAUAUGCAUGACGAGGGAGGACGGAGGGCGGAACACAGAAGACGGCGACGGCGGUAGUGAUGGGGCUUCAUCUGGCGAGGCGGUCGCUGGCGAGAUGCGCGUAGCGGGCGGCGGAUCAUCCUCGUGUAGGAAGCGAUCUCCCGAGGAGGCAGCUGGAGACACGGGAGAGUCGUCGGCCGAGGGCCCCUCGCAGAGAUACCAACCUAGACGUAGACAUUCUCGGGCCGAGGAGGAUUGGGACGAGGACAACGACAACGACCAAGGCAGAGCCGCCCCCCCACGCGAGAUGGAGAAACGUGCGGUGGAAACAGCAGUCAACAGGCCAGCGGCCCAGCAGCCCCUCCCACCCGCCACAGAAGAAGAGCACCCUCGACCUUCCACACCUCCCCCCAACGGCACCCACGACCCAGAAGGCCGCCCUCCUGGCCUGCCUCGACGAGGCCAGCCGCUGAGCGAGGUGGCCGUCAACGACACGCUCGCCCUCCUCGCAGCAACGAAGAGGCCGAGCAGCUUGCUGGCCGUCAGCAACAGCCGGCAGGCAGGGGUCAGGCAGUUGCUUGUCGACAACCCCAAAGCCAAGGUGCUGCUCCCGCUCCGCCUCCGCCUGCUCCUCCCCUCCGGCGAUGGCGGCAGCUGCGGCGGCAGCGGCAGGCUCGAGGCCCAGCCGCAGUCCAACUGGGUCCUGGCCGUCGUCGACAGAGCCGCGAGGAGCGUGAAUGUGUUCGACUCGAUGGCCACCGACAUUAGCACGGCGGCUGCCUUUGCGUGCUGUAAGGCCUUUGUCGCUGACCUGCCUGGGGACAGGGACAAUGGCAGGGACGGGGAUAGGGGGUGGGAGAUGCGGGCGCUGGAGUGCCCGCAGCAGCCAAACGCCUGUGACUCAGGCUUGGUGACCCUCGCGGUAGCGGUAUUGAUUACCUCGGGUAAUGAUAUCGUGAGGAAGCACAUGGAUUCUUUGUAUUUAUCUACUGUUAACAGGGAUCAGGACCAGGACCUGGACCAGGAUCAGCAGCAGCAACAGCAAGACCUGGGGAAUCAGACCCCGUUCCGACUGUGGCGCUGCGUCUUCGCGACGCUCCUCCUUGGCUCCGACGCCGCCCCACUCUGCAAACGCGUCUCGCCGCAGGCCCGCAUCUCAUUACCCCUCGCUCCGACGCUGCAGCAGGGCGGAAACAUCCACUCCUUUGUGGCCGCCACCCAGCAGUGGCUGGAGCGGGUCCGGGCCGAGGCCCCGCUGCGCUUGCGCCUCGCCGGCGAGGCCCGGCACCUCGCUAUGGUCUGCGCCCUCUGGCUGCACAUACUAGCUGUGGAGGUCCUCCUUGCCGCCGACUCGAGGGCCGAUGGGCUCGAGCUAGAGAGGGCUGUCAUCGGACUCCGUGGCGGCGUAGAUUGGGGCGUGCGACGACAUGGCGGGGCUGGCGGCGCGGGAUAGGUGGGCUGCUGUGGCGCGGUGGUUGAGCGGCCAGAUGAGUGAUGGGUUUGCUACCCGAAGCGUGAGCUGAGGGGGCCGUUAGGUGCGUUUGGGAAUGGGAUUGGGAUUGGGAUUGGGAUUAGCGAUGGGGCUCGGAAGCAAUUUGUCUAGCCUGCCGUUCGCGUCGGAGUUGCGACUGCACUAGAUGACUUUAGAUUCUUUAAGAGAGCUCAGCUUCAUCGGAGGGGUUUUUGAAAGGGAGCAAUGCCGGACGUCGGCACGGAAGGCAGUCAUUGUACCGCGACAAACCAGGCGCUCAGG